CAGGGAGAGGCCACCCAGAGUAGAUGAACGGCAAUGCAAGUCAGUUACGUAAACUUUCAUUUAGGAUACUUCUUGGGGUUUUACUUCUGUUUACCGAGUUUCGACGGCGCGGCCGCCAACUCGCAGCACAACUGCCGGAAGAAGUUCUGGAGCUCUUGAUGGUGACGGGUGUCAUAUGACCCAAGGAAAGAUGGCCGAAGACGGGCAGAGCGGCGAGGAACUUGCGGCUGAAUCGAGAGAGGAUUUUGAAGUCGUUGAUCGCGCCCAGAUCCCCAGCGCCUCUGACCUGAGAAGCGAUGGCAAAGAAAGGGGGGCAGCAGAUGCCAGCUGGUCCGCUCCCAUCUUCUCCCUGGCCAAGAAAGCCUCGGAAAACUUAUCAGUGAGCUACGGAAAUGCUCUGAAGUCUGCAGCCUCGGUAGGACUCAUUCCCAAACCACUCAGCAAUGACAGCCCAGCAAAACAAACCAGAUCCCACACAAUGGAAGAGCGUUCCAAUCUGGUGAAUAUGAUGAAAUUGAGCAUUAAAAUCUUAAUCCAGUCAGCUUUGAGUUUGGGGAGAACUCUUGAUUCUGACUUCCCUCCUCUGCAGCAGUUCUUUAUUGUUUUGGAACAUUGUCUCAAGCAUGGACUUAAAGCUAAGAAGAGCUUUAUUGGGCAGAACAAAUCAUUUUUUGGGCCUUUAGAAUUAGUGGAGAGACUUUGUCCAGAGGCAUCAGAUUUAGCAACAAGUGUCAGAAAUCUGCCAGAAUUAAGGACUCCAGUCGGAAGAGGCAGAGCUUGGCUUUAUCUUGCCGUGAUGCAAAAGAAACUGGCAGACUACUUGAAAGUACUCUUGGAUCACAAGUGUCUCUUGAGUGAAUAUUAUGAGCCUGAUGCGUUGAUGAUGGAAGAAGAAGGAGCUUUGAUUGUGGGCCUGUUGGUUGGGCUAAACGUCAUUGAUGCAAAUCUCUGUUUAAAAGGAGAAGACUUGGAUUCCCAGGUUGCAGUGAUUGAUUUUUCUCUGUACCUUAAGGAUACACAGUGUACUGACAACGGCAAAGGAGAUGAAGGAAUUACUGCUGUGCUUGACCAGAAACAUUAUGUAGAAGAACUUAAUCGACAUUUAAGUUGCACCGUUGGCGAUCUUCAGAGCAAGAUCGAGUGCUUAGAAAAAACAAAUUCCAAACUCCAAGAAGAGCUAUCAGCAGCAACAGAUCGAAUCAAAGCUCUCCAGGAAGAACAACAGGAGCUGAAACAGGAAAACGAAUUAAUUCGUGAACGUAGUGAAAAGUAUGCUGAGGUAACUAAACUGGACACCAAAGUGGAACUGGAAACCUAUAAGCAAUCACGACAAGGCCUAGAUGAAAUGUAUAGUGAUGUCUGGAAGCAAUUAAAAGAGGAGAAAAGAAUUCGAAUGGAGUUGGAAAAAGAAUUGGACCUUCAGACUGCAAUGAAAACAGAGAUGGAAAUUGCCAUGAAACUUCUAGAGAAAGAUACACAUGAAAAACAAGAUACCUUGGUUGCACUUCGCCAGCAGUUGGAGGAAGUUAAAGCUAUCAACUUGCAGAUGUUCAAUAAAUCUCAGACUGCAGAGAGUUCUUUACAACAGAAAAAAGAAGCAAUAUCAUCCUUUGAAGACAAAACAGAUCAAAUGAUGUCUUCUGUGAAACAAUUGGAGGACAGACUGCAGCGUGCAGACAAGGCUAAGCAGCUUGCAGAAGAGAAAAAUGUCAAACUGAAACAAGAACUGGGGAGCAAAAUUGAGACUUUGAAGCAGCAACUAAUCCAACUGGAUAGCAACUGUUCAGUUAUUGAAAGAGAGUUAAAAUCUGAGAAAGAACAGCGACAGAGACUGCAGCGAGAGUUACACCAAGAGAAAGACACUACAGCUUUGCUGAAAGCUGAACUGCAGCAAGUAGAAGGUUUGAAAAAAGAAUUGCGAAAACUGCAGGAAGAGAAGCAGCAGCUAGAAAAGAUUUGUGGAGAACAAGAACAAGCCCUUCAAGAAAUGGGGCUUCAUCUUAGCCAAUUUAAUUUUUUUUCCAGAUCAAAACUUAAGAUGGAGGAUAUUAAAGAAGUAAAUAAAGCAUUAAAGGGCCAUGCAUGGCUAAAAGAUGAUGAAGCAACCAAUUGUAAGCAGUGUGAGAAAGAGUUCUCCAUUUCAAGAAGAAAGCACCACUGUCGAAACUGCGGUCACAUCUUUUGUAAUACUUGUUCAAGCAAUGAACUUGCACUUCCAUCGUAUCCAAAACCUGUACGAGUUUGUGAUACUUGCCAUACGCUGCUGCUUCAGAGGUGUACAUCAAUUUCUUCCUAAAAUCUAUGCUCCAGAAUGCUAAUUCCAGGGAAUGAACCUAACAUGUAAUAAGUUUUUUAAUAUUCUAAAUUUCAUUAACAUAUACGGCACUGUGUAUUAUAUUCAAACAGGAAAAGAUUUAAUUUAUAAAAAUGGGAUACCAAAAUCAUGGAAACUAUUUUUUAUAGAUCAAGUGCCAGCAAAAUGCCAUAUUCAAAAAUACACUAUUUCAAGUGCACAUCUGUUGGUUUUAAGUUCAAAAAUCCUAUUGUUUGAAUGUUAACUUUAUACUUCAGGUUUAUAGAUUUGCUCUAAAACAAAUUAAUUUUCUGAACGCUUCAUGGAUCUAUCUUCUGUAACAGUUCACUUAAAUUUCUGUUGAUCUGUAAUAAAAAAUGAAAAUGUUCUAUGGAAGCAUUUUUAAAGAAUGUAUGCUUGGAUGUGCCUUCUAAAUCUUUCAAAAGUAAACAGAAUAACAUACUGUAAAUUAUCUGUGAUUACGCAAUAAAGUUGAUCCACACUUGUUACAUAUUCCUUAAUAUAUUCAUCACUAAAUUUCCUUUUUUGUUGUUAAGUUAACAAAGCACUGCACACUUUUGAGGUGUAUUAUCUGUGAUGAGCUGGAAAGGGUAUGCUGCAGAAAUUAAUGUUAUCUGUCUUCCAAGGUUUCCAUAGAAAUACACAUUUCUUAUGACCAGGAAUUAUCUAUUGCUAAUUGAAGCGGUCAUGAGCUGUGCUUGAUUGCUAGUUGUCAAGUUAAUCAUUGUGGUCAACCGAAAUCAUUUGGUUAUUAAGCGAAUUCAGCCUCCUCCCUUGACAUUGCUUGCCAGAACAUGAAAAUGAUGAUCAUGUGACCCACACACACAAUGCUGCGACCAUUGUAAAUGGAUGUCUGCUGCCAAGCUCCUAAAUUUGGAUCACGGGAAUGCUGCAACAAUCAUAAGUCACUUUUUCAGUACUAUCGUAACUGGUCAUUAAGAACUAUCUGUACCCAAUUUUAAACUUUACAAUUAGGCAGCAAUUUCAUGGCUUUACAGACUAACUCUGCAAAGCAUUAAAAAAAAACCAGCACAAAACACACAACAGUAGAUGUUGUCAUGUCUUUGUAGCAUGGAGACUAAGAAUGACCAUGAAAUAAAUAACAUCCUGAAAAAGCAAGCAAUUGAGUCUUUAAUUACUAAUUUGGAUCUAUUAGAUAGAAAUCACCCUUUGAAAAUGGUAAAGUUAAGCAUAAUUAAAAACAUGGUUGCCUAGGUAUGUUGUACUAGACAAAUAGAAGAGGGAGAGGGAUCAGUGCAAAGAAACUAUUUAAGUUGGAAUAAUUAAAGAUUAAUAAUCACAAUGAAGAAAUUGGAAAAAAAUUAAAACUAACAGAAAUGCCACGUUGCUACAGCUUGAAACUGAAAUAACAAGAAAAUAAUUUGAGGACAAGAAAAAUAUUAGCAUGUUUGAAAUUAGUAAUGCAAAAAGAUAAAUGAAAUUUAAAUGGUUGAAGCAAUAACAUGGUUCAGAGGAAAGGCUGGACCAAGGAAUUAAAAAGUUAAGUGAUGGUAUAGAAAACCAUAACAUAAAAAGGAAAGAUGAAAUACAAAUUUCAUUACUAAGAGGCAAACUGGGAUUCCUUACUCAAAUACAGCAUACAUGUAACAUAAAUAAACUAUCAAUGACUAAUGGCAUUCAAGCAAUUAUAAGACUCUUUCAGGUACAUCCAGUUUUGAGCUUUGGUAUUUCCCGUAGUAGUCAAAGAAUAAAACUUUAAUUUGGAAGACCUUGUAGAAUACACUUCAGUAAGUGUAAACCCUAGCAUGUGUUAAAAUCCAAUGCCCAAAUAACAGUAUUUCUUAAUCCUGCAUUUAUUAUUUGGCAAAGGUUCUCAACACACCCACUCACGACUGUUUUGUAAACAACUGAGUAUCUAUUACAACUACUGUUUGUAUAUUACUUGAAAGAAAUUGAUAAAACUAGAAAAAUCCCAGAUUUACCAGACGUUGUUUUAAUAGCCAAUCGUCUCCCCAUCCAACAAUACACUAUACAGAUAUAAUUGAGACCAGUAACUCUUUGACAUCAAAACAUGCAGUCGUAAAGUAGGUUAUCACAUAACCAUGCCAAUAUAUGUUUAUUCUAGGAGUCCAGUUGCCACUGUUAGGCUAAUCCCAAAACCCUGGCUUCCCAGUCACUUGAUGCCCAUUGACUUUGCUUGUCAGAAGUCAGCAGAAAAGAUCACAAGUGAUAUGACUAUGGUACCCUAAAAUGGCUGUAAGUACAAGGAACUGUCUUAAGUACUCCUCAUUCAGCACAACUUUAAUUGCUGAAUGAGCAAAUGUUAAAUGAGUACCAGUACAUGUACUUCACACCCUGUGGGGAAGUACUAUGAAAUGAAUAUUUCAAAAUAUUGUUAAAGAUUCCGUGCCCUACAUUUUUUUGAACAGAAAACGUGUAAGUCUGCAUCAAGUGGAAGUGCACCCUACAUUUCAUACAUCUCUUACUUUAAAAAAAAAAAACAUAGUCUCCAUGUAUUUUGGUACUCUUAAAGGUCAAUUUAAAAAACUACUAGCUGGGCAAAAAAUGUUUUACAAAUUAUAAUCAUCUGCUUUCCUUAAA